AUGAUUUCUUUGUUGGAGCAAAGGGAAGAACUACAGGCUGUGAAUGAAAACCUUGGCCAAGAACCAGAAGAAAAGGAAAUCAGGCAAGAUGCCCACACAGAGGAUGGAAUGACCAUGGAGAAUGAUGACUGGGAAGAAGAAAAGGAAGAGGAGGAGAAAGAGGAAGGAUCUCCAGUUGUCCAUGAAGGCCAGGACCUCAAGGUCCCCCCUCAAGUCCUGGCCUGGGAGGAGGCGUGUGAGGCUCUACAAAGCAGGAGUAUCCAGGAUGGGGACAGGAAAGCCAGAUCCAAAAGGGAAAAAACCUCCAGAGGGAGAUGUUCUUGGGGUAACCAACACUGUCGCCCUGGCUACCGCUGUGCGGGUACCGCCUCCCCCCGAUUCUUUGACUGCCCCGAUUGCGGGAAGCGGUUUACUCUGAGUUCCCACCUGAUCCGGCACCAGCGGGUGCACACGGGGGAGAGACCGUUCGGGUGCCAAUCCUGCACCAAGAGCUUUUCUCAGCGGUCGGACUUGGUGCGCCACGAGCGCACACACGCCGGGAUCAAGCUGUACCGCUGCAGCCAGUGUGACAAAUCCUUCUCAGAAAGUUCCCACCUCAUUCGCCACCAGAUGAUCCAUUCCGGGGAGAAACCUUUUAAGUGCAACGUGUGCGGCAAGCGUUAUGGGGACAGCUCCUACCUCACGGUGCACCAGCGAGCUCACACGGGGGCUCGGCCUUACCGCUGCGUUCGCUGUGGUAAGAGCUUCGGCCGAUCCUCGACUCUCAUCCGUCACCAACAGGUCCAUGGGGACCCAGCGCCUUUCCCUGGGGACAAACCUCGUCCCCGAGGCAUUUGGACACCAUUCGCCUGCCUGCCGGGCGAUGAGGACACAGAGCCACUUCUCUCCCCUCAGAGGAGGCCCACGUCACCGACGCCAUCCCUUGCGUCGUCUGUGCUGUCCCUGGCGCCCCCUCCCCAGAUGGACCCCCGUUCCAUGAGGAUUAUGGGAUGGCAAUGGGGGAUAGAAUAAAAAGAAAGCUGGUCGAAGGGCAGAGAAUCCAAAUGGAGUU